GUCUUAGUACAGUCAGGGCUUCUGCGGGGCAGGGCCAGCGGCUGGGCCUGCCAGGCGGACACCGGGGCGGGGGAGAUGGGGCAUAUAGGUGGCGUCCGCCGGUGAGAAACACCUAGCGCGGGGAGAAGGGUGGCGGCGAGAGGGAGUUCCCACCUGUCGCCCUGUGAAGAAAUGGAGUCUUAAGAAAACAGCUAGGAGGGGCUCGUCGGUGUCUUUGGACGCGCCUGAGCCCCACCCUCGGCCAGAGGAAAAGCCCCUUGGGUGAGCGGCAGGCGCUUCAGAGAAACGGAGAAGAAAAGCGCCUCUCCGCGCGCUCCACCUCCUCGGCCUCGCACUCCUGCGGCGCCGCGGGCCCAGCCUGCUCCCCGGCCGCGCGGCCUUUCGCCCCGCCGCGCCCUUCCACCCCGGCUGGCCUCCAGGUGCCCCGGCCGGCGACCUGCUCCCGAACCGGCUCCAUGGCGGCAGCACGACCCGCGGGCUCCCGGAGCGGAGUCCUCUGCCGGCAGCUCCUGCUGACCCUCACGGUAUUAACACUUGCCUGUGAUGCAUGCAAAAAAGUGACCCUACAUGUUCCCUCUAAACUAGAUGCUGAAAAAUUUAUUGGUAGAGUUAACCUGAAGGAGUGUGUUAAAUUUCCAAGUCUAAUUCAUUCAAGUGAUCCUGAUUUCCAAGUUUUAAAAGAUGGUUCAGUCUUUACAACAAAUGCUAUUAUUUUGUCCCCGGAGAAGAGAAGUUUUACCAUAUUGCUUUCCAACACUGAAAACCAGGAAGAGAAGGAAAUAUUUGUCCUUUUGGAGGAUCAAACAGAGGUACCUAACCAAACGCUUUCUAAAGAGAAAGUUCUGCGACGUACCAAGAGAAGAUGGGCUCCCAUCCCUUGUUCAAUGCAAGAGAAUUCUUUGGGUCCUUUCCCCCUGUUCCUUCAGCAGAUUCAAUCUGACACAGCACAGAACUACACUAUAUACUAUUCCAUAAGAGGACCGGGAGUUGACCAAGAACCUCUGAAUUUAUUUUAUGUGGAGAGAGAUACUGGAAACCUGUAUUGUACUCGUCCUGUGGAUCGUGAGCAAUACGAGUCUUUUGAGCUCAUUGCUUUUGCAUCAACUCCAGAUGGGUACACACCAGAACUUCCACUGCCCUUACCAAUCAAAAUAGAGGAUGAGAAUGAUAACUACCCAAUUUUUACAGAAACAACUUAUGUUUUUACAGUUUUUGAAAACUGCAGAGUGGGUUCUACUGUGGGACAGGUAUGUGCAACUGACAAAGAUGAGCCUGACACGAUGCACACACGCCUCAAGUACUCUAUCCUUGAGCAGCUGCCGAGGUCACCCACCUUGUUCUCCAUGCAUCCACACACGGGUGUGAUCACCACAUCGUCAUCUCAGUUAGACAGAGAGUUAAUUGAUAAAUAUCAGUUGAAAAUAAAAGUACAAGAUAUGGAUGGUCAAUAUUUUGGUUUGCAGACAACUGCAACUUGUAUCAUUAAUAUUGGAGAUGUGAAUGACAAUAUGCCAACAUUUACCCAUCCUUCUUAUGCUGCAUCAGUGGAGGAAAAUACAGUUGAUGUGGAAAUUUUGCGUGUUACUGUUGAAGAUAAGGACUUAGUUAACACUCCCAACUGGAGAGCUAAUUAUACCAUUUUAAAGGGCAAUGAAAAUGGAAAUUUUAAAAUCACAACAGAUCCCAAAACUAAUGAAGGAGUCCUGUGUGUAGUUAAGCCCCUGAAUUAUGAAGAAACACAACAGGUGACCCUGCAAAUUGGCGUAGUUAAUGAAGCCCCAUAUUCACUAGAGGGUAGUUCAAGAUCAGCCAUGAGCACAGCAGUAGUUACCGUUAAUGUACAAAAUCAAGAUGAGGGCCCUGAGUGUAUCCCUCCAAUGCAAACUGUUCGAAUUAAAGAAAAUGUAGCAGUGGAUACAAGAAGCAAUGGAUAUCAAGCAUAUGACCCAGAAACAAGAAGUAGCAGUGGCAUAAGGUAUAGGAAAUCAAAUGACCCCAAAGGGUGGGUCACUGUUGAUGAAAACUCAGGCUCUAUCACGAUUAUCAGAAACCUGGAUAGAGAAGCAGAGAGCAUCAAAGAUGGAAUCUAUAAUAUUACAAUCCUAGCAUCAGAUCAAAGCGGAAGAACAUGUACUGGGACUUUGGGAAUUAUUCUUGAAGAUGUGAAUGAUAAUGGCCCGUUCAUACCUAGAAGGACAGUGACGAUCUGCAAAACCACCAUGUCCUCUGCAGAGAUCGUUGCUGUUGAUCCUGAUGAGCCCAUAAACGGCCCGCCCUUUGACUUCAGUCUGGCAAGUUCUGAUUCAGAAGUACAGAGAAUGUGGAGACUGGCAAAAAUUAAUGACACAGCAGUGCGGCUUUCCUAUCAGAAUGAUCCUCCAUUUGGGCCAUAUGUAGUACCCAUUAGAGUUACAGAUAGACUGGGCCUGUCUCAAGUCACUUCAUUGAAUGUUUUGCUAUGUGACUGCAUUACUGAAAAUGAUUGCACACUUCGCACAGGUGCAAGGACUGGCAAUGGGGAAGUAAAACUUGGAAAGUGGGCCAUCCUUGCAAUAUUGCUGGGCAUAGCAUUGCUAUUUUGUGUCCUAUUUACAUUAGUUUGUGGGGCUUCUGUGGCAACCAAGCAACCAAAAGUACUACCUGAUGAUUUAACCCAGCAGAACCUAAUCGUAUCAAACACUGAAGCCCCUGGAGAUGACAAAGUGGUGUAUUCCACAAAUGGCUUCACAACCCAUGCCGUGGGCACUUCUGCUCAGGGAGUUAGUGGCGCCGUGGGAUCAGGAGUCAGAAGUGGAGGGCAGGAGACCAUUGAGAUGGUGAAAGGACAGCAGACCUUGGACUCCUACCGGGGGGCCGGGCAUCACCACACCCUGGAUUCCUCCAGGGGAGGACACGUGGAGAUGGACAACUGCAGAUACACCUACUCGGAGUGGCACAGCUUCACUCAGCCCCGACUCAGUGAAAAAGUACAUCUGUGUAAUCAGGAGGAUGCUCAGAAGCGUGGUGAAGACUAUGUCCUCACGUAUACCUACGAGGGAAGAGGGUCCACAGCGGGUUCUAUUGGUUGUUGCAGUGAACGACAAGAAGAAGAUGGGCUUGAGUUUUUGGAUCAUUUGGAGCCCAAAUUUAGGACACUAGCAGAAACAUGCAUAAAGAGAUGAAUGUGUUCUAGAAAGUCUACAAAAGCCAAGUAACAAUAUUACAUUGUUGUUGUUUUUAUUUUAGUUACAAACAAGGACUUUUUCAAAAGUAGAAGAUGUUAUCUUUGGGACUUUUCUCCUUUUAUUCUGAUAGAAUCUCUUUGGCCAAGUGCAUUUACAGAGACUUUAUAAAGAAGUAUAUUCAUCUUUCAGUUUUUACCAGGCCUUUAAUUGUUUUCAUCAAGGAGUGCUACAACUAGAAAAAUUAGUGAAGUCUGCAUUAUUGUUUACAUUUGGGUAUAAUGACAAUAGCAAAUUUAGAGUGCAAUGAAGUGCAAUUGACUCAUGUCUAUGUUAUAGACUACUUGAAGUAUAACUCAAUAGAAGAUUGUUAGCUAAUUGUGUUUGGAAACUAUUUUCUUAUAUAUUCUAAAGUUUGCAUUAUUGCCAUUCCUUUAUCUUGUAAUAACCUCUCUUCAUGAUGCAAAGAGGGAUUUCUACCUAGUCAUCGACUGUUAUUGCAAUUCCUUUGUGGUGUAGUUUAGUUUUAGGUUUUAGUCUAUGUAAAAUCCUACACUGAAUCUACACUUACUCGAUUACCUACUUGGUCAGUGAAAUUUAAGUCUCAAAAAUGCUUUCAGAAUGUAUUUUUAUUCUUGCAAAAUUUUUGUCUUUAAAAUGCCAGAUGGUCUCUCUCCAUCUUUCUCUUCCUAUUCUCUUUAUUUCUCUUUUCUAUGUCUUUAAAUUUUAUACUUAAGUUGGGAAACUCAAGUAUUUUUAAGGGCUGUCUACUUUAUUAUUUUCUCUUUUGAAGUGAAUUAUUCUUUUUUGGGAGGUUAUUUUUAGCACAUCCUUUAAAAAAAAAAAAGCAAUGUACUGUUAACUUUAUUGUUGUGAAUAUCUUGGUGAUUGCUCUUUUGUUCCUCAACAAAGAAUCUUUAAUUUUGUAGCGAAAUUAUAGAAUGAUGUCAUACUUUAUUAGAUGCAGCAUUGUAUAUUACCAAAACAAUGGCUUAAUUAGAACUGGUAUGUAGUAACGAUAGCACAUUUACAGUUUGUAUAUUUCAUGCAAGGAUAUAGUUCACAAAUGCAAAAUAGUGAUGGUUUUGAAAUAAGCUUUGAAAUACAGUUGAAAGCUAUAUAGGGUACAUGUUUUAUAACUUCAUAGAUGAGAUGCCUACUCAUAUCUAUGUGUUUGUAAAGUUACUUUGAAAAAUAUUUUAAAAUUGUUUUUAACAAAUAUAAAAAUGGGCCAAAUAUUUAAGUUUUUAAAAACUAAAUUAGCAGCCAACCAAAUUUUAGGUGAGCUAUCAUGGCUUAUAUCAGUGAGUGAAUUUCUCUGUAAACUAAUGAUAUGGACCGUUUAAAAGUUGUUCUAGUAUUUCUGAUUGUUAAUAAUGUGGCUGUCUUUAAUUUAGAAGGUUGGCUUAUAACAAUUAAUUUUCAGAGUUAACAUUGGAUAAUUAUUUGAUAACCUGCUUAUCUUUUCAAUACUACAUUACUGCUGAGUCUAAAAUAUAAUUUCCCAAAGUUUUAAUAAAUUAUGAAGAUUCUUAUAUUUUACUAUGACAAAGUAAGUUAAGUAGUUUUUUAAAAUUAGUGUGAAUUUGUUAAUAAUGGCUCUGGUGUAAGUUUAAGGGAUUGUGUUUUUCUUAUUUAGAGAAGCAAAUCCUUUUCUGGAAUCCUGGGACAUUUUUUUUUUAAGAAUUUGGAAUUUGAUUUGCAACUAUCUUUGGUGUGUUGUUACCGCUGCAUUUAUGUAAAUGUUCUAACAACUGCGAUGCUAUGGCAUAUUGGUUAAACUGUGUACUUUUUCCAUGUCUGUUUUUGUCAUCUUCAAAUGGGGGCUGAUAUUGGAACUCCUUUCUGAGGCUGGUUGUAAGAUGUUUGAUUAAAAACUGGUUUGUAACAUGAGAGUCAUGCAGAGUGGUCCCCCUUAAAGGCAUUCCUAAUAAUAACAGCUAAUUUUAAAUAAGUUACAUCUGCAGCCUCUUUCAUGUUAAAAAAAUAAAUUAAGAAAAUCAGAUACUGAAAAUAAUUUUUUCUUUGGCCUUGGAACAUUUGUCAGUUGACAGUAUGUCUCUUCCCAAAGAUCACCUGCUGACUGGUUCUUAUAGAGCCAGUUGUUCAGAAUGGACAGUGUGAAGAUUGCUGUACUACCUCUUAGCUGAGUGACUGCCUAGUUUGAAAUACCGUGAAAGUAAUAGGUUCAGAUCGGAUGGAAAGCAGAAUCUCUACUUACGUAUGUGUAAGAUGACUCCCUCAAGCCUUUCUGCAACCGUUCACCCAGCUGUCCUGCAGACACUAGCGAUCCCUUGCCUAGGACUCUAUGGCUUUUUGGUAUUUGCCAUAGUAACUUUAAGGGCAAAGAUUCCAGAGUAAGAUGUCCUGGUACAUAUCUCAGCUCUCCCCUUACUAGCUGUGGGAUUUGAGAAGUCACUUAAGCUUUCUCUGCCUAAUUUCCUUUUUUGUAUUGAGGAGAGGGGAGGACUCUGCUUGACUGAACUGUUCUUGAAAUUGAAAGAGUUGAUUCGGGGUGACAGCAGGUUCCACCAUUGCUUGGGAUGCCUGCAUCUCAUAUCAGAGUGGCCAGCAUACCAGCUUCUCCAUUGCUGACCCUGCUUCCUGUUAAUGUGCCUGGAGAGCAGCAGAUGAUGGGACAAGUACUUGGGUUACUUUCCAUCCACAUAGGAAACCUAGAUGAAGUUCCUGACUCCUCAUUUUAGCCUGGCCGAAACCCUGCUAUUGUGGCAUUGAAGUUCUUUUUCUCUCUGUCUCUCCCUUUCUUUGUCACUCUGCCUUUCAAAUAAAUAAAUCAUUUUUACAGAGUUAAUUCAUGGGGCCAGCGCUGUGGUGUAGCAGGUAAAGCAAAUGUCUGCAGUGCCAGCGUCCCAUAUCGGCGCCAGUUCGAGUCCCAGCUGCUCCAUUUCCAGCUCUGCUAUGGCCUGGAAAAACAAUAGAAGAUGGCCCAAGUCCUUGGGUCCCUGCACCCACAUGGGAGCACAGAAGCUCCUGGCUCCUGUCUCCUGGCUUCAGAUCGGCCCAGCUCCAGCCUUUGCUGCCAAUUGGGGUGUGAACCAGUGGAUGGAAGAUUUUCUCUCUCUCUCUCUCUCUCUCUCUCUCUCUGCCUCUUCCUCUCUGUAACUCUGCCUUUCAAAUAAAUAAAUAAAUCUUUAAAACAAUUAAUUCAUGAGAAGUGUCAGUACAGAAGUAGCACUCACUGUAUCUUGACUGUUAGUAUUGUUCGGGGAGGAGACUGUCUCGGUUGGGAAUCCUCAUGGAUUUGGUUUCACUCUGCAGCUGACAUCUUUCCAUGAUGUUUCUGUCCAUCUCUCCCAGAAACUUGACCAGUCUUUUUCCUGCCACACCCUUUGGGGAAUGUCCUAAUAGUUUCCAGGUCUGUCAUUGUUGGUAUUCAGGAAGCUUACUCAUUCAAGGCCCAUCAAUCAGUGUGAAUAUCGAGACUUCUCUAAAAAGCCAGUUAAAACUCCUAAUCAGACAUAGAAGUGGACAUUAAAAAAUUCAUGGAAAUAUGUUUUAUGAAUAUAUUAUGCUUGUAUUCCAAGAUAUUUUUGCACUGAAAUAAAUGUAUCUUUUAAUUCAA